AUUAGAAUCAAGUCUGUUUUGGUGGUCUGUUGAGAAGAAUGAAACACUUCUGGAGUUUUGGGAAACUUACAUUUUGAUAAUGGAAACUUUGGAAGGAAACCAGAUUCAUGUCAUAAAGCCAGUGUUACCAAAGUUAAACCGUUUGUAUGAGCUUGCCAUAUCAGAGAAAAAAGGUUGCUGGUUGUUUCAUCCAUCUUGGCACAUGUGCAUCUAUAAAAGAAUGUUUGAGAGCGAGAAUAAAACAUUGAUGAAGGAAGGCAUUCUUCAUUUGCUGGAGCUUUUUGAAACAAAGUAUCUUCCAAAUCCACUUGAAUUUUCAGAGUUUGUUAUUGGACCACUAAUGGAUGCCCUCUCAGAAAGUUCUCUUUAUAGCAGGUAAGAUAUUGAUUAUU